GGACACAAAAAAGCCCUAAUUGUUCCCCACUCUCUCGCUCUAUUUAAGUAGACACAAAAAGCCCUAAUUGUUCCACCCACUCUCGGAUACUCACUCUCUCUCUAGGUUUUUGUGUUGUGGUUUUACAGGCGGUGAGAGAAAGAAGCGAAGAGACAUGACCUCAACAAUGGUUUUCGCGAAGGGUUGCAGAACUCUCAUGGCGGCCGCCAAAAGUUCCGCCACUUCCAUCCCGAAGGACACUAAGCCAGUCGGCAUACUGAAGCCUUUACCGGUAUCGCCGGCUCUUGGGAAGUUCCUCGGCGGUGUCUCUGAAUCUUCCCGCCCCCAGGCCGUCAAGAAGUUGUGGGCAUAUAUCAAGGGCAACAACCUCCAGGACCCCGUAAACAAGAAAGACAUCUGCUGUGAUGCGAAAUUGAAGGUCUUAUUUGAGGGGAAAGAGAAGGUUACCUUUGGGGAGAUCUCGAAAUUGUUGUCGAAACAUUUCAUCAAAUCUGGGUGAUGCAUUUGUUAGGCUAGGCUUUCUAAAAACUUGUAUUCCUAUCUUUAAACUAUUAUGGUGUCUUUGAACAUAACCCCCGUCUGUUAGUUUUGGUGCAUGGUUUAGAUGUGCUUCAAAAAUACUGAAGCCUCUCUCCCACUUUGUGGGACUUUUGUUUGUAAUGGGAGCUCUCUUUGGUUUUCCCUGAACUUCUAAAAUUAUAAAAUUAGUUUGAGUUUUGGAUCA